AUACAUCCGAUUUCUAUGUUUCUUUAUCCAUUAUUUGCAUAUAUCAUCUCAAAAUCCUCGAAAAUACCACUGCAAUGCCGUCCUAUUCAUCUGAUUCUUCUGUACAAUCCACAGUUCAACGGAACAUUCACCUUAUUCAGUUCUAUGGUCCACGUGGUGGAUGCGACCAACAUUGGGCUCUAUACGUCCCCGAUCAAGAUGGGAGCCCUAACGGAAAGAUUGUUCACAUUAGAGUGGCCAAGGCGGACCGGCAUAGAGUAGAAUCUUGCCAAAUACACUUCGAGAGGUUCUCCCCUACUAGGACCCGAACGCCCUUCAGAGCUUUCCCUAUCCCAGGUGCCACGGUUAUGGCAACCCGCGCAAAGAAGGCUGGGGAUGAGAUAUACAACGCCUUUUUCUCUGGGAGCAUGAGCAGACCGGACUACCAGCAGUACAAUAUGAUCAUAAAUAACUGUCAACAUUUUUGUUACUUGGUUUUACGAAACCUGAAUUGGAAUCGCCCUAUGGAGGUCUCUAAGGAGGCAAUUAGUUACGUCGAAUCUGAAUCAACACCUUUACUCGGCAUUGGAAAUCUCGUUCAGGCUUUCCGAAGACGACAAGACCCUUAUCCAAAUCCAAUAUUGGACAAAAAUGGGAUUUGGUGGCGAUUUAACAUAAAUGGUCAAAUGAAGGAAUACUGGGACGAGAAUACGGAAAUCUGGAUGGAUCCGACUCCACGGCCUAGAGUUCAGAUGUCUUUCAAAUGAAUUGGAGAGGUCUUCGUAUUGUUGUUAAAUGACGAAGACUUGAGUCUAUUAGAAUUAUUGUUUAUAGCAAGUUGGAGUAAUUAUAUUGAUUGCGAGGUUUAAGAUGCACGUAACUUUACUUAACCUAGAUGCUUAGAUGCCUUCAACCGACAUUAUCUCAUUUAUUAUGUAUUCACGC